AUGGAAGAAGCAACUCCGCCCUCUCUGGUCUCUAACGCCGUCUUGCAGGUUGACACGCCUGCGAGCAUUCUGCCUAUCAUGACAAAGCCUCAGAGUCCUUCUACCCCUCUCAUUGCCUCCCUCGAGGUGGGAGCUGAAGCGCUGGAUGUGAUCAUGGAGACGAAAGAGGAUGUAGCUGCGAGUCAGACUGAUUUGGCUGCCGGUCCAGCAUCUCAAGAGGCUGCACAAUUACUCCUGGGUAUCUCUGCCGCUGUCGACGCGCACAUUCCUCCAAUUCUAUCACCCAAACCCAUGGUCAACUCCCCAAUCAUUCGACCAGCUUCACCGCCUGCUGUAUCAACAGCGUACCCUCAAACCCCUCCGGACGAUGGAGCACCUUCACCACACUCUGGGCCUCAGCAACUUCCACCCCUUCCGGUCGAUGUCGUUUUGCCACCCUCUUCUCCUGCUGGCAGAUCUUCUCGUCGAGCAGCUGCUACGAUCAACAACGCCGUUGCCGGACCUUCCAGACUCACCCGACCCGAAGACAACGGUAAACGUCCGGCUCAUUGGAUGGGAGAAGACAACGACACUAUUCGAUGUAUCUGCGGUCUCACAGAGGAUGACGGUUACAGCAUUCAAUGCGAGACAUGUUAUGCCUGGCAACACAUGCUCUGCUUUCGCAUCACCGACCAAGCUCUCGCACCCGAGGUCUGGUAUUGCGAGAUGUGUGAGCCUCGGCCGGUGGAUGCGGAGUGGGCUAGGGACUUCAUGUCGAAGCGCUUAGACGACUUGUACAAUAAACAAGUCGAGGACGUCAAGACCCCGGCACCAGAAAAGAAAACCAAGUCAAAGCCCAGAGCAAAACGGUCCAGAAUGGGAAGCGUCAUGGUCGGAGAGAUGGACCCGGAAAGUGGGAAAGAUCAGCAAUCCGGCACGGGAGCCAUGGGUCCUCCGAUCAGUAAACCGCGAAAGAAGGUAAACACUGGCAAACGGACAAAGCAGAGUACUACGGAAAGUACCCCCGGACCAAUGCCCCGAGACCCUAUUCCCCCUCUCAAUUUGGAAGGGUAUUAUCGUCAGGCAUGGAAGAUGGAGUAUAUCCCUGUGGAAGAAGUGGUCUUUCGUAAUGAUCGCUCUCGUCGACUCUAUCAGCAAUUCCGACGCGAUCAGACGGAAGAAGAGGAUGUGGCAACACCCAGAAAGAGAUCAACCCCGAAUCCCACUGGGCUACCUUCGCCUACUGAAACGGGUGUCGUGCGUCUCUCCCCAGACCGUUUACUACCCCGACCCAAUUUUGGCAUCCUGGCACCCCCCGUGCCUCCAAUACAUCUCUCUGGUCCACCAAGCGAACUAGCUCACGCUUGGGAAGUGAGGCCCGUAGAAAAUUCCGAUUCCUUCUUACCACCUCGAUACGAACAAUCCUCGUAUUCCACAUUUGACUCUUUAGGCACUUACGCCAGGCCGACGAUAUAUGCGGUGUUUGCAGAUGAAGAAUUAGAUAUGGGAGCGUUUGUAGGUGAUUUCACGGGUGAAGUGGUCGAUCCUAGGACAUAUCGGUCUGAUCCCAUCAACCAGUAUUCUGGAUUGGGUACCACUAAACCACAUGUCCGGAGCAUAGGACCACCUGUCAAUUUGAUCAUCGACGCUAGGAGUUACGGAUGUGAUCUACGAUACAUUCGAUCGGGCUGUCAUCCCAAUGUCGUCUUACGUCCCUAUCUGUGUCGCUCUGUCGACAAGAGCUCUGACGAUUUCGACGAUCUUGAUCAUGAUGAUCCUGCAGAUCAAGAGCACACCCGGUUAGAUCUUCGAUUUGGUAUUUUCGCUGCGAAACGUGUCGAGCACGGAGAAGAGUUGGUGUUACCAUGGGAAUGGGACGACAAACAUUUGGUACAUAUUCUUCAUCAUCUCAUAAUACCCGCUAUGACCCCCGAUGGUAAUAUCGCGCCUCCAUCUUAUACCAUCCCUCAAUCACGAGCUGUCGCCUUGGGACGACAGAUCGAGAUAGUCCUCACUCAUCUAUACUCAACCUUCUCUUCCUGCGCCUGUCAAAUACCUGGAAAUUGUGCGCUGGCCCAACUGAAAUACAUCUGCGAGUCACUACGACGAGACGAGUAUCGCCCCGCGGAAGGAAUCAAAGAAGCUGCGAAUCUAGGAGAAUUGAUAGGUAAGGCACGGAUGUUGAGAUCGUGGGAGUUGGAAGAGGAGGAAGCUCGUCGAAGGAGAUUUCCAGAAGGGUUCAAUCUGGCUUUUCACCUCAGUAGGCAAGUGGACCGUGAACCGAUGUCGAAUUGGGAAUCAAGGACGAAGGAACAGAGUGUAAAGAAAAGUGUGGAAAUCACACCGACUGCGACGGAAGUGAAUGAUGGGAACAGUUCUCAAUCUGAGGAUUCUGAUGAUUCCGAUAGAGAUGAGGAUAUGGACAUUGAUGAUUCACCCAAACGACAUAGAUCGUCUUCGCCUUUAUCAAACACAUCUCAAACUUCCCGACAUACUUCACAUCUCAUCGAAAGUCCUCUCUCUCAUCCUCAAUCUCGCCCAGAAUCACGAAACACUUCCAAUAUGGAUGACAUUGAAAUGGAAACAGGUUCAGAUUCCGAGACUACGGCUACCGAGGUGUUGGAAAGUGAAGAUGAUACUGAUAUGGAAAUGUUCUCAGGGUCAGAGGCUGAAGUACAAGAUGAAGUCAAGGACUUUUCUCAAAAGAAAACCCAGGUUGUUUCGCCUGUCAAAGAAGUCAUCAAACCCAUAUCGACAAAUUCCACUGCGUCAAUGGAAGAUCAGAAACCGGCUUUACCGAUUUCGAUUCUGGGAGAGAAAGACGCUCUCGAUUCGCCACAGUCAGCACGUGCGAUGGAAGACGCUUCUCUCAAGGAUGGGGAAGGAAAGAAGGAUACCGGUCCUGUUGUACGAAGCAAAACGAGGCGAAAUUCGUCGGUCUCUGUGACCGAUACGAAUAUGAGACCGACCCGUGGGACAAGGAACACGAAAACGAAAGGGAAGAUAAAUACGAAGCGGAAUAAGAACACGAAGCCCGUUGCGUCAUCUGAUUCCGAAGAUUCAACUAUGGACGAAGUCGGAGUAUCUCCCGGUCCGGUGAUAGAUUUUUCGGAUGAUCCUGCUGGUCUUACCACUUUCGAGGGUAAAGCAAAUGACAAUUCUACUGCACUCAAGCCUUUGCACGAGGGUUUGACAGGGAUUGGUCAACCCAUUGGAGACGUUGAAGAUCUGGUGAGUGAUAAUAAUUUGAUAGAAUCUAUACUGACACUUCAGAAACCUGCAAAAGUCGAAGAAAUUGAAGAUGCCAAACAGAUCGAAGAAGAUGAGAGAAAAGGAGAACUUCAAGUUGGGAAACGCGAACCAGUCCCAGAACCCCUUCUUGAUCCCCCGAAGAAAAUCAGUAUUAUUGAAUAUUUGAAAACUCAUAAAAUCAAGAAAGAUACCGGUCCAACUCAUGUGAACCCUAUUUCUGCUCCCAACUUGGAAGAAAACGCGAAUCGUCCCGCUCCUCCCACUCCUGAUGCACCAGGAAUAGGAGGUAGAAGAAAUUUUAUGGAUUUCUUACCUUCUCGACCUACGUUUGCACAAGGAUCAUCCACUGUCAAUACGUCUUUCGGUCAAAGUACAUCCAACACUCCUGCUACUCCUGGAAAUAUCAAAGAAGGUUAUUUCACAUCUCAACCUUUAUCUCAUACAGCUCCAAAUACGCCUGGCCCAACAUCGAAAUCUUACGUUCCAAGAAUUAGCUCUUCUUUCGUUCCUAGACAAAACUCUAUUCCUAUGACGAACCAAAUUUCACUUUCUUUCACUCCAAACACCGCACCACUUAAUCAAUUUCAGCCUGUAUCAACGACUCAACCUAACCAACCUAUGUACAUACCUCCAACUCAACCUAACCAACCUACAUACAUACCUCCAAACAUACCUCCAACCCAACCCAAUCAAAUGAAUAACCCAUCAGGUCAACCAACUAUCACUCGAUCACCUCAAUCAACAUUUCCAACACCUCGUGACCUCCCUGGAACGCCAGAUAAAACUCCAGUAGAACUUCCACCUCGAUCAUCAUCUUUGAUACCUAAAAGUCCAAUGAGGACCUCCUCUAUCUCUUCUUCAUUACCUCCCAUGCCACCUUUGUUGGAUAAGAGGGAUCCUCCUCCUCAUCGGGUUGGAUUAGAGAAUCAGACGAACAGAAUCACUGAGGUUUCCGGACCUGGUUCAAGAAGAUCAGUGUCUGAUGAUCAAGGAUCUAGAUCGGGUGAUAUUUCCAUGAACAAGGUUCCUCCUACUGCUCCUAGAGGUCCUAAAGGUCCUUCGAAAUGGCCCAUGUCACCUAGAGCAGGAUCGAUCCCACCUCCUACGGCUCCGAGGGGUUAUGUAUCUCUUGCACCUGGACCGACGGCUUAUUCUGGUGGUUCUGGUGUUCCUUCUGGACCUAGAGAUAUGUCUGGGGCUAUUCCAUCCGGUUCUAGAGAUCCCAUUGGUGAUGCUAGAGAUCCUUCCAGCUUUGGAAAUGGACCCAAUGGGUCAAAUGGGAAUGUCUCCUCUUACCCCUCUGGACAAAACGGAGGAUACGCAUCCAAAUCUCCAGAAUUGACCAUGGUAGAACCGAGACAAGUCGGAUAUAAUGGUUUGGCGGAAGGAAGAAUGAAUUUAGGUGAAGGUAGGUUGGAAAGAGAUGAAAGAAGGUUUCCUAUCGAACCUAGAAGUUAUGGUGAUGGGAGGGGUAAUUCAUUUGAAAUAAGAAAUGGUCCGAAUGAAUCAGGGAGGUAUGGUUCGGUCGAAUCGAGAAAUGGUCAGAGUGAACCGGGGAGGUAUGGUUCAUCUGAAUCAAGAACUGGUCCGAGUGAACCGGGGAGAUAUCCGGCUGAAGAUAGAUUGGAAAAGAAUGGAAUUGGCAAUUAUACUUCUUCUGAAUAUAAGAACGACAAGAAUACUUUGAGUUAUACUGAAGGAAGAUCUUUCGGUCCUGGGGAGAGAAACUUGGGUGGGGGAUAUAGAAGAGGAUCCGGAUUUGGAUUUGGUCCAGGUUCAGGAUCAGGGUAUAGAGGUUAUAGAGGUCGAGGGAGAUGA